UGUAUUCUGAAACCGACUUUGUAGACAUUCUUUCUCUCUCCUGAAAAUUAUGAUGUCCGAUGAAGAAAGAGGAAGGUAAGACAAAGCCCUCAAGAACUGAUGAACGAAACCAAACCACAUAACCAAAAAUUUUCAUCAUCCCUUCAUCUUAAGCAAUCCCCAAACUUCUAAUUUUUCUCCUAAAAAACACCAAAGAUUCGUUCAAAUCCCUCGCAGAAGAGUCGCUCAACGGUUGUUUUCUGUAAAUUUAUCCUCCUUUUAGGUCCCAUUGGUGAUAUGUCCCCUUCUUCUUCUUCUUCUUCUUCUUUCCCACUUAAUUUCAAACUGGAUAUCACAGUUUCGAUGACCCUUUUUCAGAAAUCCAUGGAUUUGAUCUUUUAAUGCCUGCUUCUUCUCUUGAUUUUCUGUUCCUUCUUCCCCUGUUUUUGUUUUCUCUGGUUAUGGCGUCUUUCAAUCAUUUCUCUCUCUUGCUUUCUCUCUCCUCUCUCUUUCUCUCCCUUUUUAGCUUCCUCUUCAGGCCUCUUGAUGGUGGGAGGAAUAUGGAAAUUUCUGAUGUUGUUCUUGUUGAUGAUGGUGGUGGUUGUGAUGAUUUACAGCCGCCGGAGGAGGAGACCAGCGGCGGUGGAGCUCCUGAGGUUUCAGAUGAAAAGGGAACGAAUGAGUUUGUUUUCAGUUUCAGGUUUCAAACUUAUGAAGAAUUUACCAAAUCAAAUAAGAGAAAUUUGGGUUGUGAGAGAUUGGAUUCAUUGAGUAACAGAUAUGAGUUUUUUCCGGAGAAGAGUACGAGCCACUUCGUGGAAGAACCUGGAAUUCCGAGCUUCACGGUGGAGGUUUUGAACUCUUGUUCGAAUUUCGAGAUUCCCAGAACAGGGGAUUUCUCCGUUCGUGAAUUUUCCGGGAAAGUUUUGGAUUCUCAAACGAUUACAGUGAGCUAUGAAGUUUCCGGGGAAAUUCCAGAAUCUGAAGUCAUCGGAGAAACGGCCGAGCUUAGCUCUACGAACUCCAGAGAAGAACAAAUGGCAGAGAAACAGAGUGAACUGAAACAGAGAGAUGAAAGGGAAACAGAUUUUGUGUCCGAUUAUGAUAUCAAUUUGAACGUGGGUGGGUACGAGCCGGACGAGGAAACCAACGAAGAAUUGGAGAAGUGGGGGGAGGAGGAGGAGGAGUUGAAUGGAUUGGAAACAGAGUGGGAACAUCAAGAACUGAUAGAACAGUUGAAAAUGGAAUUGAAGAAAGUGAGGGCGUCGGGGCUGCCCACCAUUUCUGAAGAAUCAGAGUCGCCGAAGAUAAUGGAAGAAUUGAAGCCAUGGAAGAUUGAUGAAAGGUUUAAACGUGGAGAUUUAAUGGAGGAGCUUCAUAGUUUCUACAGAAGUUACAGAGAGCGCAUGAGGAAAUUGGACAUCUUGAAUUACCAGAAGAUGUAUGCAAUGGGGGUUUUGCAAUCAAAGGACCCACUAAAGUCAUUUUCUAGCAACACCAAAUCUUCAUCCCCAUCCAUCACAUCUGUUCUAAGGCUAUACAGACAAAAGAAAUGUCAAGUGGACCCAAUGAAGGAUUUCAUAAGAGAAGUUCAUUGUGAUUUGGAGAUGGUUUAUGUGGCUCAAAUGUGUCUUUCUUGGGAGUUCAUUCAGUGGCAAUAUGGAAAGGCUUUGGAUUUGUGGGAAUCUGAGCCUCAUGGGCUUCACCAUUACAAUGAAGUUGCUGGUGAGUUCCAACACUUUCAAGUUCUCUUGGAAAGAUUCUUGGAGAAUGAAGCUUUCGAGGGCCCGAGAGUUGAGAAUUAUGUCAAGCAACGAUGCGUUGUUCGUAAUCUUCUUCAAGUUCCAGUCAUCAGAGAGGAUAAAACGAGGGAUAGGAGGAAAGCAAGACAAUGGAGAGAUCACGAGAAUGAAGCAAUCACGAACGAUAUGCUUGUAGAGAUCUUGCAAGAAUCAAUAAGAGUUAUCUCACAAUUCAUUCGAGCCGAUAAAGUUCACAACCCCACUGCAACCCUAAAGCGCCCGAAAAAGUUCCAAGUAGAACUUCAAGACCCUACAGAUAUGCAACUUCUAACCGAGAUCCAAGUUGAUCUCCAAAAGAAAGAGAGGAAGGUAAAGGAAAAAAUGAGGAGUGGGCAUUGCAUCCUAAAGAAGUUGAAGAAAAAUGAAGAAGAAGAAGAAACAGAAGGAGCUGUGAGUUUCUUCAGUGAAAUGGAUAUGAAAUUGGUUGGAAGAGUACUAAAAAUGUCAAGAAUAACAACAGAUCAAUUGAUUUGGUGUAGGAACAAAUUGAGUAGAAUUCAUUUCAAAAACACAAGAAUACAUUUAGAACCUUCUUUCUUUCUUUUUCCCUGUUGAUUUCUAAUCAAUUUCUCACUUGUAUA